AUGUUUUCUACUGAAAUCAGUACCUUGAACCCAGAAGCACCAGAGUUCUUUCCUCAUUAUUACCUUAACCUGCAAAACAAUAUUGUUGCACCUUUACAUAAUGUUGUCAACUAUAAUCACCUAUAUCUCCCAAGUUCUAUUUUUCCAGUAACAAGUCAAAACCCAUCUUCUUACUACUACUUUACUUCAGGACCAUCUCAUCCGUUUCCUUACUAUACUAACACUAUUUAUCAAUAUCUUAGCAAUGCACGGUGUGUUGCAUCUCACAACCAUGGUCUAUUGGCAGUCUCUGCGCAAACGCAAAUGGUGCAAACCCGACUUGAGCCCAAAUUGGAGAUGCAACAGGUGAUGACUGCAAGGGUUGGCACAGGAACAAGUAAAAAUAGAGGAGAUUGUGGUAGAUAUCUUGGUUCUUUUAGUGGGAGAGAAGGAGGGUAUAGAGGGUAUGAAAAGAAACACGCCAAGAAGGAAUAUUUGAGACCCAAGUCUAAUGGAAGUGAUAGAAAUCGUGAGAGGCAAUAUCCGUGCACCAGAAGAAAUGGGAGGUCUUGUGGUAGUGUUAAUUCUAGGCAGAAACAUCCUGUGUUCCCUGUGCUACCUGAUCGCCAAGAUACCACAGUCAUGAUCAGGAACAUUCCCAAUAGAUACACCCGGGAAAUGUUAAUGGAAUUCCUCGACAGUCAUUGCCUGUUGGAAAAUGAAAAGGCAAAGCUUCAAAAUUUUGACUGUACUAAGGAGACAAUUGUGUCAGCUUUUGAUUUCCUAAGAGGGGCCAACAAAGGCUAUGCAUUUGUUAACUUCACAGAUGCAAAAGCUGCGUGGAAGUUUUCCCUUUCCACCAACUAUAAAGCAUGGGAUGUUUUCCAGUCCAACAAGAUAAGUGAAAUAGCCUGUGCUAGGCUCCAGGGUAAGGAGCAGCUAGUGAGGCAUUUUGAGAAAUCAAUUUUUGAAUGCCAUUCGGAUGAGUAUUUACCAGUAUACUUCAGCCCAGGCAGGGAUGGUUCAAAGACGAUGGUUGAGCAAAGGACAGUUGGUAGACGUGUUGAUGUAUGCAUUAUUAGGCAAGGGUCUAUGGUUCGGCCUAUUAAGGAUGCUAGUCUCGAAAGAGGGUGGACCUGGCCACCUGGUUCCAGAGAUUAUGGAAGGGCAGGUGUUGGGCAGGAGCAACGCUUCGAAAGAAUUCACGGUAAUAAUGGCGGGGGCGAUAACAUCCUCAUCGACAACCACCCAUGUCCUCCACCAUCUUCUCCGUCCAGCACCACCACAGCCACCAUUGCUCUCCUACUUCUUAAGACCACUUUGCACUACCACAACAACAACGAAGGCCAUUCUCUCAAAAUCCCACAAAACCCUCACUCUAAAAACUAA